GAACUUCCACGUGUGGAACGACUGCUGGAUGAAGCGGCCGGACCUGCCCGACGGCUACGACGGGUGGCAGGUGGUGGACGCCACCCCCCAGGAGACCAGCAGCGGCCUGUUCUGCUGCGGGCCGUGCUCGGUGACGGCGGUGAAGAACGGCGAGGUCUUCCUCAAGUACGACACGCCCUUCGUCUUCGCCGAGGUGAACAGCGACAAGGUGUACUGGCAGCGGCAGCCGAGCGGGGCCUUCGCGGUGGUGCACGUGGAGGAGGGGGCCAUCGGGCGCCGCAUCAGCACGUUGGGCGCCGGCUCCGCCGCCCGCCUCGACGUCACCCACCAGUACAAGCACCCCGAGGGUGAGGUCAUCGACCCCAUUGACCCUUGA